CACACACACACAGUCCCACCUACUGAACACUCACACACACACACACACACACACACACAGUCCCACCUACUGAACACACACACACACACACACACACACACAGUCCCACCUACUGAACACACACACACACACACACACACAGUCCCACCUACUGAAUACAUGCACGCGCGCGCGGGGAGGGCGGGGUCUGUGGGCGGUGCUGUGCGGUGUUUGAUGUACUGGGGGAACCGGAGCGGCUCCAUGAGGAAGCUCGAGUAAGAAGAGGAACCGGAAGGUACCGGACUGAUUGGCGCGUGCAGUGUUUAUAGCGGACUCGGCCAUGGGCUCCAGACUGAGCCGCCACAGCAGCCUGGACGGGGCCGGCGGGGGCUCGCGCAGGAGAGGAGGAGGAGGAGGACGGCGGAAACGCGCGGACAGCGGUGUGGAGCGCGAGCCCAGUGCCCCGUUCCCCGCCGCCGUGAUGCUGCUGAGGACCGACAGACUGCGCGCGAGCGCUCAGAGCCCGUACGUGAGACGAGUCGCGUGGAUCCGAGACAUCCAACAGCUGCUGCGCGAGAGGAAGGUGGAGGAGGCCGCGAGCCUGCUGAGACAGCUGAGGAGGGAUCUGGGAUUAGAGGGGACGUCCUUGAACGACAUUUUAUACAAAAACGCUGCUUUCCUCAACCUGGUGGAUCCGAUUUCACACGAGCUGCUGCUGAGUCUCGCUCGAGACAUGCAGUGUCCCAAAAAGGACUCGGACAUGCUGAAGUCAUCAGAUAAAAUCUGCAGGCAGCUCAUCUAUCACCUGACGCCGCACUCCAAGUGGCUGAGACAGAGCAUGAGCCGGAGGAAAGCCCAGGCCUGGCUGAAAACGACUCUUCAGAAGAAGCUCUGUAGUGACUCGGUGGAUCUUUCCGGAAUCCCCCUGUCCACACGGGACGUUCGACACGUGGCAUAUUACCUCCAGACCAGUGGGGGCGCUGUCAUAUCUGUGGAUUUGAGCUUUACUGAGCUGCGGGAUGAAGGUUUGCGAAUCGUGUUGCCUGUAUUGAGCAGUUUGCCGAAACUCACCACGCUGGCGCUGAACGGAAACCGCCUGACCGUGUCCAUCAUGAAGGACCUGACCGAGGCUGUGAAAAAUCCACAAAGUUUCUUGUGUCUGGCCUGGAUCGAUCUCGGCAACAAUGUGGACAUAUUUACUAUGCCUCAGCCCCUCCUGGUGGCGCUGAGGCGGCGCUGUAGUUUAAAGAGCAGUUUGCCCACCAUAUACGAGUACACAGAGGGGCAGCCAUAUUGCUACCGUAUGGAGAGCUCCAUUGAGGAAGCAAGCCUUUACGAGGAAGACGAAGAAGAGGACGAAGACGAAGAUGAGAUGGAAGACAAGCUAGAUAUGGAGCAGUGGAGCAUUGUAGAGCAGAAGAGUUCUGGAAGUUUCACCUUGAACUAUUGUGAGAGGUGAAGCGAACCUUUGACAUUUAGUGUUAUCCAUCACUGAGGACAUACAGUGGAAAUGAGACGAAUGUAAGGAAGAUGGAGGGACGGAGGGACAGAUGCCGCCUCUCUCCACCAAUCGUUGUGGCUCCAUGAGUUUCCCCGUUCCCCAUCGUGGCUUUGUUGUGAUCCAGCACCAUCACGUUCACACAGGAAGUCAAACAGCAGCGAGAAAAACGACACCGGGCACGCUUGAUUAGCGUAAAAUAAUCAGCCACACACUCACCGUUUUAGCCGUCUGUGCUCCUUGGCACUGUGGAGGAGCAGUUCAUUGGUUCUUUGGCAGGACUGUGAGGAGAUUCAGAGGCCUCGCUCUCUUCUACACACAAUUUAAAGUAAAUAAAUAAACACCAAUGAAAGAUCCAGAAAAAUCCAUAAAGAAUGGACCAACUUAGGCUUGACUAGCUGAUUAGCGUCCUCAUGGUGUUUCUGAACAAGGAGUCCACAUGUUUACCUAUGGCUGAUGUCUGUGUGUGUGUGUAUAUAUAUAUACAUAUAUAUAUGUGUGUGUGGGGUGGUGGUGGGGAGGGGCAGAUUUGACACACACUGCCGCUGCCACAUGUUGCCGCUAACAUCACUAAACACCACUGUGUUCUUUGCUAAUCUUCCAACAAAAGCCAUGAGAGCAGCUCAACAAACCUGUCACGUGAACACUGACAAAACUGCUACGUCAAGACUUUUUUUUUUCUAAAACGUUAAGUUGUAGACGUCUGGUCAUCACUUAGCAACACAUAGCUGUGAAUAAUGAUUUUAAAAAUAUUGUGGUGUGUUCCUUUUUGUCAAGGCCUUGCUAGCACAAACUAUAAGCUGCUAACAGUCUCUCUUCAUGCCUGUAUUCUUUAUUGUUCCGAACAUAUUUCAUCUUUAUGCUAAUGCGUGACUUCUUCCAGAUUAUCAUAAUACAUCAAAUUAACCUAGAUAGCGCCUUGGCUAAUUUUAGCAUCGGUACAUAAGGUAUUAAGGCUCCAUGUUGCUCAUGGCUUAAUAAAUCAGCAGUGUUAAGUUAGUCACUUAAAACUCCACAAGCAGAUCCUGUUAUUUCUUGUUUCUUACUUGUUGAGAACAUUUAAAUAAGGAAUAUUACUGUUAGCAAUUAGCAUUUCAUUCACUUGGCUAAGACAAGAAGGGCUAGCAUGACUAGUGUGACUGGUGCUCCAGUUUGCGCUACUUCCUGUAGCCAGUUCAACCCUUUAAAGAGGUUAUUUUGCACAUUAUAGCUAUUUAUUGUAAAGACUAAUUUUAUUUAAUGUCAGUGUGAAACACUCAUAGUAUAUUAGUGUGUAUGUAAAGCUGGUAUUUUUCUUCCAAUAUUACAAUCACACACACACACACACACACACAGUCGUUUGGAAACAAACAGAGCGUAAAUGAUGGUGAAACUAUAAUAUUACUGUGAUAUAGUGUGUUUGUCUUUUCCACAGUGUGUGUGUGCGCAUAUAUAUAUAUAUGUGUGUGUGUGUGUGUGUGUGUGUGUGUGUGUACUGGUGUAACACUGUCUUAACGUUGUGUCCGUGUGUCUGUGAUUAGUCAUCCUGUGUUAGUGUCCGUCCUGUGGUGUUGAGUCUGAUGUCCUCAUGCAGUUUGAGACUCAGUAUUUCCUUUCACAGGGCUCAAACAGUAAUGAUUAUAUUUAAAGGUGCAAAAAAUAAUUCUGCUUUCUCUGACUUAAAAUAAAACAUCCACAAAAACUUUAAAACAUCACACAAAUGCAGCUGAUCAGCCACGUUUAGUGUCCAAAGUUCUUCUGCUUUUACACUGGAGACAUUAACACUUCUAUCACUUGUGUCAUCUGACUGUGGUAAAGAAACUGUGAGGUAAAUCAGACAUUCAGGCAAACAGGAGACUGAGGUAAAUUAGACGCAAAGGUAAAUCAGAUAUUGAGGUACAGUUCCAGUCAAAAAUCUGGACACACCUUCUAAUUCAGUGUUUUUUGUUUGUUUAAUGAAUUAAAAGUCACUUCAUGUCUUAAAGUAAUGAUGGAUGUCGUUUCUCUUUACUUAAUUGUUCGGUUCUUGGUGUAAUACGGAUUACUACAGUUGUGGAAUCAGGCUGUUUACUGUAUUUUUAUUAUUUCCUAUUUAAAAUUUGAUCUCAAACGCAUUACGAAGGAAAGAAAUUCAUCCACUAAUUACCUUUUGACGAGGCACAGCUGUUAAUUGAAAAGUGUUGUGACUCCCUCAUGAAGCUAGUUAAGGUAAUGCCAGUAGUGUGAAAAGCGUCAUCAAGGGAAACGCUGGAUACGCUGAAGAAUCUAAAAUAUCAAACAUAUUUUGUUUAUUUAACACUUUUUUUUGUUUACCACGUAAUUCCAUAUGUUCCAGCUGCUAUUUCAUAGUUUUUGAUGUCUUCAGUAUUGUUCUAAAACGUUGAGAAUCGUCACAAUCCAGAAACACCUAUGAAUGAGUACAGUAGGGGUGUACAAACUUUUGACUGGUACUGUAUACAGGACACUGAGAUAAAUCAGACAUUGAGGUAAACAGGAGCCUGAGGUAACUUAGACACUGUAACUCAGAUAUUGAGGUAAAUAAAUAGGACACUGAGGUAAACUGGUCAUUGUGGUAAAUUAGACAAGGAGGAAAAUAAGACAUUGAGGUAAAUCAGACAUUGGGAACAUUUAAUUUUUGGCCAAAAUUUCAACAUGCUAAAACAUUUACUCACAAUAAGGAGCUCAUCAGCAUUAACUGGUUUAGCCUCUCAACUGAGUGAAUCUUUUCCUCAGAAUUAUUUUAGGUUAUUUAUUGAACUGAAGCCCUGUCUCUAAAUAUAUCGACACUAUUGUGGGAUCAUGAAAAACAGUUGUGUAGCCAGUGUAAUGACACACACGAGCUGUAACCCAACUCUGUUUUGACUUUAUUGUUACGCCGCUGCUAGGCGUGUUGAUAGUCUGCUAUAUUGUCGUUCUUGACUUGUAUUAUAUUGUUGGUGUGGAUACCUCAAAAUACUGUCACUCCUCUUGCAUUCAGUGUGGGAAUAUGGUGCCUUAGGUUUUUUUUUUGUUUGUUUUUUCCAAAGAAAAUAUCUGCUGCAUCCUGUAGCUGGCAUGAGGAAUAUCUAGUUAGCGGUCAAUGCUAAGUGUUAUUUAUCACCAUAUCUGAGGUAAAUGUUGAUGUUUCGGAUAAUACAGUCUUGUUUCCACAGUCACUGUGUCUUUACAUUGUCAGUAUUUUAAGUACGUAAGGGCUAGGCAAGUCAAAACCCUUGUUUUCAGCUCAGUAACAGUGCGUUAUAGUUCAGUGUUCAGGUGGAUUACUUGCCUAGCAACAGUGGGCUACUGAAAUUUACCGUUUGGAUGUCGUGUGUCAUAUAUUCAGCUUCCUACACAGAACACACUAAUAUAAUCUAUUACAACUGCUAAUGUUUCAUUAUCAUUAAAGGUCAUAUUACUGUUUGUAGUCUGCUUUAUGUUGUUCCCAAUAUUUUUUUUAACCUAGAUAAUGUAAUGUUACCAUAUGCUUAACAUAUUGAACCUGCUAGAUAGUGAUAUUUAGCUAGCUAGUUACGCUAGUCAGCUUUUUUUAAGAGCUAGUGAGUGAUUGUGUCCCUGUAGCAUGAAAGUAGCAUAUUUCAGUAAACAAUACUGCAGUCAUAGCAGACGUUCUCCAUCGGCCCAUGCCUAGCCCGAACGCAGCGUGUUAUUGUUGUUGUUGUUGUUCACGGUAAAGUCAGUUGGACGGUAUUAAAUCAAGUCGCUAAUUGUGUGUUCACUUAUUGUUAUAAUUUCUGUGUAUGUUUGUACGAUAUGUCUUCGUAUAUAACUGGCGUCUGUUAGAAAAUUGUGAAUUGAACAAUAAUUUAUACGACUGUUACACGACACUUGAGUAAUAAAAUCACUGAAUAUUGAAA